AUGGCUGCUCACUCCACCGCUGAGUUCACCGUCACCUCCGGCACCACCGAGGCCACCACCUCCAGCACGGAGCACGUGAGCUUCGUUAAGCAGUGGACGCUCAACUCUGCCACCAACGGCGACAACAUCGACUCCAUCGACCUGGAUCUCGCCGGUCGCGUGUACGUGAGCUACGUCAGCGGCCUGCCGAGCGGCGUGCUCGGAUACGUGAACCUAGAAGCGCAGAACACCGGCACUAUCUGCAUCAGCGCACAGACGGUCACGGCCACCAACUACGAAGGCCGGGACGCCAGCCGCAUCUCCAUGCCCAACGCCUCUAGCAAGUUCACGUCCACGGGCACCGCCACGUGUGAUGAGUCAACUGUUCCUGCUCGCGAGCCGGCGUGCGUGUCAAGCGCUUGCGCAGGUUCGUCGACCUCAGGCACCCCGACUGGAACGGCGGGCAGUGGUGCGAGCACUACUGCGACGGUGACGACUGCGCCAACGACGGCUAACGAUGACGAUGCUAACGACGACGAUACCAAUGACGACACUAAUGCAUCUUCGGUCCCGCAUCUUGCUGCGUUGGCGGCUGCUGCGAUCGGUGCAGUUACGAUGGCACUCCUGUAG